AUGUCGGUACACAGAUCAGCAGAACAGCUUGAGGCAGACCUGAACUUUCACGACUUGCCACCCUUUCCAGGAGAUGUGGCGACGGCUCCCCUUCUCCGUGUAAGAUUAAGCAAGCUUAUCAAUGGCGACGGAGAGGAGACCAACAAGUUGUGGGAGGCAUGCUGUAAACUCGGCUUCUUCUACCUUGAUCUUCGAGAUGCUCCUUCAACCGAAGUAGGCAACUUUGAACCAACCGAAAGGAAGAGACAGACCGAGAAUGACAAUACUAAACACAAUCGAGCCGACUCUGCUGGUAGCAAUAAUGAUUAUGAUGUGCAAUCCAAAGCCGGAAGGACCAUGGAGUUCAAUGUCAAUGUCGAUGGCGAACAAUUGCUCAAUGACGCCGAAGACCUCUUCAAGGUCGGUCAAGGCGUAUUUGAUCUGCCUGUCGAAGAAAAGGUCAAAUACGAUCUGAAGGACCAUGGUAGCUACUUUGGCUACAAAGGAUACGGCGAAGGAGUCAUCGAUGCCCAGGGGACCAAGGACCGAAACGAGUUCUACAAUGUCUCGAAAGACGAUAUACUCGAGAUCUUGGACCCACUGCCUGCUCCGGAGGUAUUAAGUCCGCAUCGAGGACUGCUAGGGUCGUUCAUACGAAACUCUCACGCCCUCGUAGAUCUACUGUUGGGUCUCUUGAAUUCUCGGCUGGGGCUCCCACAUGACAAACUGCCAUCUCUACACCGACUCGAUUCGAAGUCUGGUGAUCAGGUUCGCUGGGUCCACGCUCCACCACAACCAACGGACGACCGAAGAACCGCUUUGGGCCAACACACCGACUUUGGAAGUGUAACAAUCCUAUUCAAUCGUCUUGGAGGGCUACAAGUCCUACCACCAAACUCGGAUGAAUGGUGUUACGUGAAGCCGUUGCGAGGGCACGCUGUCAUUAAUCUGGGAGACGCAAUGGUCAAGUUCACAGCUGGUGUUCUGCGAUCAAACACCCAUCGUGUGGUCAACCCUCCUGGAGAUCAGGCUGGCCAUACACGGAUGAGUCUGGUCUACUUUGCCAGGCCUGCGGACGAUGUUAUUCUAAAAGUAUUGAAUGGAAGCGCUCUCAUCGACGAGCAAAGACGACAGAAUCCAGAUAACUUUGAUGAAGAAGAGAUCACCAGCAAAGAAUGGAUCCUCCGUAGAGCUCUGGGUAGACGACAAGGAGGCGACUGGAGCAAGUCUGGAGGUACAGAGAAUGGACGCGUGGGAAGAUGA